GAUUGCUCACGGUAUUACACCCUUAAAAAAAUGUGAAACGUUCGUGGUGGAAAAUUGAACGGAAAUUGUAUUGUCAUAUCGUGUGUGGCUCAUUUUUGAUUAGAGUAGUAAAAAAAUAAACAAAAGAAAAAAGGUGUUGUGCUUGGACGGACAAAAAUGUCACCCUGAGAUCUAUCCGCGAAUUGGUUAAUGUGCUAUUCGAAUCACACAGAAAAGAAAAGAAAACAAUUUGCUAAACACACAGAGAGUUUGAACAAUUAAAAUUGCAAAUAAAGCGAAUGCGAUAAACAAUAACAUGAGCUGACAAUGUGUAAUAAUGACCAUCGAACCCUCCAUUCAUACAGCAAUUCAUUAUUAUAAUCUGUGGUGUGUAAUGUGAGACCUUCGUCAAGAAUUUCGCAAUCUAAUUAUCCGAAAAGAGAAAAUUUGCUUUUUCCUCGGAUAACACAACCAUUCAGCUCAGACUCGUAUAAUAAUGCCAGAGAUUAUUCAAGUGGCAAAGCAAUGUGGAACGUAAGCGAUUUUUCUUAUAUUUUCGCAGCAGUGUCGUGGAAAAUGAAAUUUCACGCACACAAUUUGAGGUCGUUUUUGAUUUUCGAUUUCGCUUUGGGUCUCAAAUUUGCUUAAAAUUUAGACAUUUUCGUCAUUGACAAAGUGUUGUAUUGCUUUGACUUGACCAAAAUUGUUGACAAAAUUUCUUUUAUUCAACGAAGGGCGAACGAAACGUGUUACCGUUUACGAUUCGUGACGAAUCACUGUGAGAGAUAUAGCACAAAAAACAAAACAAAUGACGAAAAAGUGUAUAUAAUGCUCGUACAGUUGAAGUGAUUGCUCACUUCAGUUUGUGGCGUGCUGAUAUGCACAUAGUCAUCGCAAGACAAAUUACUUUCUGGUAUCAUCUUUUAAUGGUAUCGAUUAAAUAUAUCGAUUUCUUUUAAUGUUUUGCACGAAGACAAUGGGGCAAAACAUUAAAACCGAUCGUUUCACCUUAAUGUUUUGCACCAUUGUCUUCGUGCAAAACAUUAAGACAUAGGUGCACUGAUGAUGGCCGAAAUCGCCGCACGGAAAAAUCAAUAAGUUUUCCUUUAAAAUUCCUGUGAUGUGUUGAAGUUUGUGUUGAAUUUCGUUUCGUGAAGAAUCUCAAUAAUUUUUAGUGUCGGACGCAAUGACAUUAAAUUUUCUAUUUUAAACCAGUUGUUGUACUGAAACGGAUCUUGGCUUUAAAUUGACCGACAUCCAACCUGCAAUUUGUUCGUAGAUUAUAAUUUUUGUGAUAAUAAAUGUUCAGUGAUCAGAGUAUCCACCACCUCGACAAUAUACAUACAUAUAUAUAUAGGUCAUCUAAUGACAGCAAAUAAAAUUAAUUUAAAAAAAAAUCAAAGAAAUUUUUGUGUGAUUCGGUUUUGUCUGCCGAGGUGAAAGUGAUUUUAUAUUGAACGAGUGAAGAAAAAAAAAUUAAUUAUUUUCCCGUGUUAUUCAAUGCACAAAGCGUUUAAACAAGAAAAAUCAAUGAAAUCAUAAACCAUGGGCAAAGAUAAUGAAUUAUUGGAAGCAGCGAGAAAUGGAAAUGUUACGGUUGUGGAAAAGAUUUUGUUUCAGAAAAGCAAAAGGAGUGGUCCAUUGGCAAGUUUAAGACGUGGCCCCAGCGCUAAUGUUCAAGAUAGCAGCGGCUAUUCCAGUUUACACCAUGCAGUAUUGAAUGGACACACUGACGUUGUGCGUAUACUAUUGAUGCACGAUGCGUCGCCCGAUCUGCCAGACUCUAGAGGCUCGUCACCAUUGCAUUUAGCUGCCUGGGCCGGUCAUCAGGACAUUGUCAAAUUGUUGUUGACUCAUCCGCAUCGACCUGCCGAUCCGAAUCGACAGACUGUCGAUAAUGAAACUCCGCUGCAUUGUGCUGCCCAGCAUGGUCAUACGGGAGCGUUGACCACACUUCUGGCUCACGGUGCCGAUCCAAACGUUCCGAAUAAUCGUAAGGAAACGCCAUUAGAUCUUGCCGCACAGUACGGUCGUCUGCAAGUUGUGCAAAUGUUAAUAAGAGCCCAUCCCGAAUUAUUGAUGCCAUUCCGCACGGAAUGUACCGUUUCACAUUCUCCACUGCAUUUAGCUAGUCGGAAUGGUCAUAAAAGUGUCGUCGAUGUAUUGCUGGCGGCCGGAGUGAAUGUGAAUCUCUUGACGGCAUCUGGGUCUGCGUUACACGAAGCAGCCUUACACGCUAAAGACUCGGUGGUACGAACAUUGCUGGACAAUGGUGCCGAUUUGGAUGCUACCGAUAGUGAAGGUCGUACGGCGCUGGAUCUGCUGGAACAGUUUCCACCGAAGGCAACAAGGGCAAUUGUUUCGGUGAUCAACAACCAUCGCAAUUCAAUGGUGGAUGACGGCGACUUUGACGAUAUCAGAGAAGGCAUGAACACGAAGUACAUGAACUCAAUGUCGUUGGGUAGUUCGUAUGAAAAUAACAGAGGAUCUCCGUUGUACAAUCACUGGGACUCACAGCAGGACGGCACAAGUCCAUCAUCGUCCAUGGGCAGCUUAGGACCACCAAGUCCUUCUGCUCGGCCAAGAGCAUCGACAGCUGAAACGCCCGGUUACUAUGUCACCAUGUCCUCAAUGAACAAUCGUAAAGUGUCGCCAACACCUCCGAAAAAGCCACCCCGACGAAAUCUAUCGGUUUCGCCAACGCAUUUAGAUAGCUUUCAAAGCAUGAUGUCAACGUCAAUGGACAGUGGCAGUGAGAUGAGUAAGACUCCUCGGACUGGCGCCUAUGAAUAUUUGUUUUUGGCCAGAAGUGGAGCCAAGAGUCACUCGGAUUUGGAUGAGUUUCAAGCCCAACAAAUUAAUCGAACGGCCAGCAUCGAUCAGUACGUGAUGAUGAGCCCAUCGCGUCAGACCCAACAGCAAUCGACCAAUAAAUCGUCCGGUGAAACCACACUUCGAUCAUACAAUCCGAAUCGAAAGUUGCGACGCAAUCGCGACAACUAUUUCAGCAUGGACCGUGGCACUGCCAAUGCAAGGGACAAGAAUUGUACAUCCGUAUCGGAUGGCUACAUGCCCAUGUCACCGUCAAACUACAAGCAACCACCGACACCCGAACAUCCGCCACCGACGGCAUCGCAAGCGGAAAAGUGUAUUUUAGAUCGUAUUCGUCCGCUCAGUCAGGAAUACAAGCGACGAUCAAUGAAUAUUCACGACGUAGCCGAACGUGGAACAUCACCACCUGAUCCGCUAUACGCAUCAAGUGGUUCAUUGAGUUCGAGUGUAUCGCUAUCCGAUCGAAGUGCAUCAACCGAUUGUGUUGAAGAAUUUAUCGGCGAUAUGCCGUUUGCGGGUUUAUUUAAGGGUUCCACAAUGAACUUGGACAAUACCAAUUACACCGGUGUCCACAAACAAAAUCGAGACUACCUUGAGCCGGCAACGCUAUCCACAUUUUCCUCAACUAGCCCGAACCAGACCAUACUCAAUCAUCGCAUUUCCCCGCAAUUCUUCGACCAUUCGAUAACCAAUCACAAUCGACCGGAACGACCGAAAACACUGGGCACCGGACCAGUGCGCAAAGCCGUUAGCAUGGAAAGUAGUCAAUAUUCAGGUGUUCCGGUGGCUCAGACACGAAGCAAACCGGACAGUGCCGUUGUUUCGGAUAAUUCAAACAAGGCAACGGAACUCACUGAACAGAGAAACAGCAUUGGAAAUGGAGCGGCCAGUAAACAGACGAACAAUUCCGCAGUGCUAAGUCCGUUUGAUGAACAGGAGGAAUGGGCUAAGAUAUCGGAGAUUAUGGCCGCGUUCGGAACGGAUUUGUUGAUAGAUGGAAGCAAUAAUGGAACGAGGCCGAAUCGAACCAGGGUUCGAGGAUCGAUAUCCAGUACGAAGUCAUUGGGCAGUCCAAUGGAUCCACCGCCGACACCGCUGUCGUUAUUGGUAGAUUGGCUGUAUGACAAUGAGUUGGAAGACUUGGAACGGGUUUUAGUGAGUCACGGCUACGACGACUACUAUUUCAUUAACGGCAUCCUUCACGAUGAAGAUAUUGAAAUCAUUGGCGUACCGGCUGUGGAUCGACCGAAAUUAUCGGAAGCAAUUGCGUCGUUGCCGGUGGCAAAACCGAUUAUCGAGAACAAUAACGAGAAUUCAAAUCUUAGCAUCGCUCAAUGGCUGCACGAAAUUCGACUCGAUGAAUAUGCCGACGUUUUUCGCCGCCAUUUGAUCAUGGACAUGGAUCGCAUCUGUCGAAUAUGGGAAAUUGAACUACAGACGGUGAUAGAGAUCCACAAAAUUGGCCACCGUAAGCGAAUGCUGCACUCUGUGGGACUGCCAACUUGCAAAAAGAAAGACGAAAAGAGAAAUCACAUUUCUGCACCCGAUGCUGAUGGUAAAUGCGUGACGAAUAAAAAGGAGGAAGGCAAUGCGAAGUCAUUGGACCCGAAUCAGCAUACCAAUGGGCAGAAAACGAAUCACGGAAAAAAUCGACCCGCUCCACAACCGCCAAAUUUAUCAACAAACCUAGAAAUUCGUGCUCCAUCUGAGCUUUUGCUUGGCGUGCCAACCGGUCUGAAAACCCAGUGGCGCCACACAGCGACCAAACUGGUAUCCAGCUCCGUACGCUACGACAAUGUUAACUAUCUGGGCUCGACACUGGUCAAGGAGUUGCGCGGAACAGAGUCGACACGAAAAUCGAUACAGAAAUUGAAACGGGGCGAACGUAUGCCGCCAACAUUUAACGGUCACAUCAGCCAAGAUUCUCAUCAUCGACCAAUCAUACUAUCGAUAUCUCAUCGAGGCGUUCAAUUUUUUGAAACAAAUACUCAGGGAACAAUUUGUGAACACGAAAUUCGAAACAUUGACUGUGCAUGUCAGGAUGCAGACGAUUUAACUCAUUUCGCUUAUAUAACAAAAGACUUGGAUUUCGAUCAACAUUACUGCCAUGUUUUCAAUGCUGAAAGUAUGGACCUGGCUACCGAAAUAAUACUGACAUUGGGUCAAGCAUUCGAAGUAGCAUAUCAAUUAGCUUUAAGAGAAACGCCCACAGCGUCAUCAACGACACCCGUUCGCAGUCCACAGACUGGCGUGACAAAGUAAAAAUUGAUCGGUGAGGAAUAUACAUACGGUUCGGGAGGUGAGGAACGUUUGCCAUCGAAAAUGGGAUGAUCGUUUCUUUUUUGUGAUUGUUGGGGGUUGGGGGCUGAGAUGUGUGUGGAUGAUACCAAAUAGAACAGGUGAAAAGUCUACUCUCUGCUGAGAGAGUCUCUAGUCGUUUAGAAAACAAAUUUUAGGUGAAAACAAAUAGCAAAACAAAGAUUCGAAA